UGCUGCCUCCUCCCGUGGGGGUUAGGGGAGAGGGAGGGGGUGUCUCUCAGCCGAAGCACCGCGGGCUUGGAAGCGGCUUCCGCCGGAGAGGAAGAAGGGGGCUGUGGCGGUGGCCCGAGUUCUUUUGCCCGAAAAUGGUUUUCACAGUCUUGAAAACAUACUAUUCAUGCUGAUGGGACAAGAUCCAAUAUGAAUGUAAGUGAUGGAGGAAGACGACGCUUUGAGGAUAAUGAGCACACAUUACGUAUAUACCCUGGGACAAUUUCAGAAGGAACAAUUUAUUGUCCAAUUCCUGCCAGAAAAAACUCCACGGCUGCUGAGGUGAUUGACUCUCUUAUAAACAGACUUCACCUAGACAAAACAAAAUGUUAUGUUUUAGCAGAGGUAAAGGAAUUUGGUGGAGAAGAAUGGAUACUCAAUCCAACAGACUGUCCAGUUCAACGAAUGAUGUUGUGGCCCCGAAUGGCUUUGGAAAAUCGCUUGAGUGGAGACGACUAUCGCUUUCUUCUGAGAGAAAAAAACCUCGAUGGGUCAAUCCAUUACGGUAGCCUUCAGUCAUGGCUACGGGUAACUGAAGAACGCCGCCGCAUGGUGGAGCGAGGUUUUCUUCCACAGCCUCAACAGAAAGACUUUGAUGAUUUAUGUAGCUUACCAGAUUUGAAUGAGAAAACUCUCCUGGAAAACCUGCGCAAUCGCUUUAAGCAUGAAAAAAUUUAUACCUAUGUUGGCAGUAUUCUAAUAGUUAUUAACCCAUUCAAAUUUCUUCCUAUUUAUAACCCCAAAUAUGUCAAAAUGUAUGAUAACCACCAGUUGGGAAAACUUGAACCCCACAUAUAUGCCGUGGCUGAUGUAGCUUAUCAUGCUAUGCUUCAGCACAAAAAGAAUCAGUGCAUUGUGAUUUCAGGAGAGAGUGGUUCUGGGAAGACCCAAAGCACAAACUUUCUUAUUCACCACCUUACUGCCCUUAGUCAAAAAGGAUUUGCCAGUGGAGUAGAGCAGAUUAUUCUUGGAGCCGGACCUGUACUUGAGGCUUUUGGAAAUGCAAAGACAGCUCAUAAUAACAAUUCAAGUCGUUUUGGCAAGUUUAUUCAAGUGAAUUAUCAAGAAACAGGCACGGUACUUGGUGCCUAUGUUGAAAAAUAUCUCCUGGAGAAGUCUAGACUUGUUUAUCAAGAGCAUAAUGAACGGAACUAUCAUGUAUUCUAUUACCUCCUGGCAGGAGCAAGUGAAGAAGAGAGAUUGGCAUUUCAUCUUAAACAGCCAGAGGAAUAUCAUUAUCUUAAUCAGAUAACAAAGAAACCCCUCAGACAGAGCUGGGAUGAUUAUUACUAUGAUUCUGAGCCGGAUUGCUUCAUGGUGGAGGGAGAAGAUUUGAAGCAUGAUUUUGAACGCUUACAAUUGGCCAUGGAGAUGGUAGGAUUUCUUCCCAAGACACGAAGACAGAUAUUCUCCCUUCUCUCAGCAAUACUGCAUUUGGGUAACAUUUGUUAUAAAAAGAAGACGUACCGGGAUGACUGUAUUGAUAUCUGCAAUCCUGAAGUUUUGCCUGUUGUCUCACAAUUAUUAGAAGUUAAAGAAGAGAUGCUCUUUGAAGCAUUAGUUACAAGGAAGACGGUGACAGUGGGAGAAAAGCUUAUUUUACCAUAUAAGCUAUCGGAGGCUGUGACAGUGAGAAACUCCAUGGCUAAGUCUUUAUAUAGUGCACUGUUUGACUGGAUAGUUUUCCGUAUUAAUCACGCACUUCUGAGUAGUAAAGAUUUGGAACAUGAUACCAAGACUUUGUCCAUUGGUGUUCUUGAUAUUUUUGGGUUUGAAGAUUAUGAAAAUAAUAGCUUUGAACAGUUCUGUAUUAAUUUUGCUAAUGAACGCUUGCAGCACUACUUUAAUCAGCAUAUUUUCAAGUUGGAGCAAGAGGAAUACAGAACUGAAGGUAUCAGCUGGCACAACAUAGAUUAUAUUGAUAAUACUUGCUGCAUAAAUCUUAUUAGCAAAAAGCCAACAGGACUACUGCAUCUCUUAGAUGAAGAAAGCAACUUUCCACAGGCUACAAAUCAAACACUGUUGGACAAGUUUAAGCAUCAACAUGAAGAGAAUUCUUAUAUUGAAUUUCCAGCUGUGAUGGAGCCUGCAUUUAUCAUAAGACAUUAUGCUGGAAAAGUAAAAUACGGGGUAAAGGAUUUUCGAGAAAAAAAUACAGAUCAUAUGCGUCCAGACAUUGUAGCUCUUCUGAGAAGUAGCAAGAAUGCAUUUAUCUCUGGGAUGAUUGGAAUUGAUCCUGUAGCUGUUUUCCGAUGGGCAGUACUCCGAGCUUUUUUCAGAGCCAUUGUUGCUUUCAGGGAUGCUGGGAAAAGACACAUUCAGAAAAAAAGUGGACAUGACGAUACAGCACCAUGUGCGAUUUUGAAAAGUAUGGAUAGUUUUAGCUUUCUCCAACACCCAGUCCACCAGAGGAGCUUAGAGAUUCUGCAGAGGUGCAAGGAAGAGAAGUACAGUAUAACCCGGAAAAAUCCAAGAACACCUCUUUCUGAUCUCCAGGGCAUGAAUACGCUAAAUGAAAAAAACCAACAUGAUUCAUUUGAUAUUGCCUGGAAUGUUAGAACUGGCCUUCGCCAGAGCAGACUACCAACUAGCACUUCCUUGCUUGAUAAAGAUGGGAUAUUUGCUAAUUCAGCAAGCAGCAAACUCCUGGAAAGAGCUCAUGGAAUUCUCACGAGAAACAAAAACGUCAAAUCUAAGCCUGCCCUUCCAAAACACUUGUUGGAGGUAAAUUCUUUGAAGCAUCUGACAAGACUGACUCUUCAGGAUCGCAUUACCAAGUCCCUUCUUCACUUGCACAAGAAGAAGAAACCUCCCAGUAUCAGUGCCCAGUUUCAGGUAUCGUUAAAUAAGCUGAUGGAGACACUUGGUCAAGCAGAACCGUAUUUUGUAAAAUGUAUUCGCUCUAAUGCUGAAAAGCUUCCCUUAAGAUUCAGUGAUGCAUUGGUACUAAGACAGCUUCGAUACACUGGGAUGCUGGAAACAGUUCGAAUUCGCCAGUCAGGAUAUAGCUCCAAGUAUUCUUUCCAGGAUUUUGUGAGCCACUUCCAUGUGCUUCUUCCACGAAAUAUUAUUCCAUCCAAAUUUAACAUUCAGGAUUUCUUCAGAAAAAUAAAUCUUAAUCCUGAUAACUAUCAAGUUGGGAAAACAAUGGUCUUUCUUAAGGAGCAGGAACGACAACACUUACAAGAUCUGCUUCACCAAGAGGUGCUUCGCAGAAUCAUACUGUUGCAACGAUGGUUUAGGGUCUUACUGUGUAGGCACCAUUUUCUCAAUUUGAGACAGGCCUCUGUUAUUAUCCAGCGAUUCUGGAGGCAUUACGUAAAUAUGAAGCAAGCCAGAGAUACAGCUGUGGAGAAGAAUGCUUUUGCUAAGGACAGUGCAGCUGUCCUUCUCCAAGCUUCCUGGCGUGCUCACUUGGAGAGGCAGCGCUACCUGGAGUUGCGAGCAGCAGCCAUCAUUAUCCAGAAAAGAUGGAGGGAGCUCUAUAGGCUCAGGCAUAUGGCUGCUACCUGCAUACAGGCAAGAUGGAAGGGCUACCUACAAAGUAAAAGAUACCAACAACAAAAGAACAAAAUUAUCCUUUUGCAGUCAACAUGUAGAGGAUUCAGAGCAAGACAAAGAUUUAAAGCGUUAAAGGAGCAACAGCUGAAAGAGACAAAACUAGAACAUGGAUUGGUGCCUCUAAAGGCACAUGGAGCCCUGAAAAUUCAUGGCUCAGACCCAUCAGAGUGGGAGGACUGUUCCUUUGACAACAGAAUAAGAGCUGUAGAGGAACGCAAAUCUAUAAUAGAGAGUGAUCGAAUCAGCCGGGAGAGUUCAGUUGACUUCCCAAAGGAGUCUCCAGACAAGCAGCAGGAGCGAGCCAGAAGCCAAAGUGGUACUGACUUGCAGGAAGAUGUGAUUGUAAGGCAGAGGCCCAAGUCCUUAGAGGAUCUCCAUCAGAAAAAAGUGGGCCGAGCCAAAAGAGAAAGUCGAAGAAUGAGAGAACUAGAGCAAGCUAUAUUUAGCUUAGAGUUGUUGAAAGUCCGUUCUCUUGGUGGUGUGUCUCCUUCAGAGGAACGUAGAUGGUCUACAGAACUCGUGCCUGAAAGCCUUCAGUCUCCACAGGGUACCCCUGAGAGUGAAAGCUCUCAAGGAAGUUUAGAACUUCUGAGCUGUGAAGAAAGUCAGAAGAGCAAACUUGAGUCCUUAAGUUUAGAUGAAGGAGAAUUGCAAGUUUUAUUCCCUAAGGUAUCGUCCAGCUCAAAAUUUGAUUCACAGGACUGUGCCCCCAGUGCCUCAAGUGAGACUAGCUAUGCAUUGACUAAAAAGGGAGCACCUUCUGACUCAGAGCCUUUGAAGAAUGGGACAAUGAAGGAAAAACUGGUGUGCGGUUCUGAACCCAUUACAUGUAAACCCCAGCUGAGAGACUCUUUUAUUUCGAAUAGUCUGCCUACAUUUUUUUAUAUUCCACAUCAAGACCCUCAGAAAACAAGUUCCCAACUAGAUACAAGUAUCCAAAGAAAGAAGCUAUUAGAAAGAGAAGAUACUGAAAGGACAGUUCUUACUCUGGAUAGCAACAGGGAAGCUAGAAAGUAUCACUUCUCAGCAGAUCAAGUGCUUCCUUUGAAUACAGAUUCUUCCAAUAGUAUGCUUAAGAAGUUAGAGAAGCUAAAUACUGACAAGGAAAAGAGGCAAAAACAAUUACAACAGCAGAAUGAAAAAGAUAUGAUGGAGCAGAUUCGCCAACAGACAGAUAUUUUAGAGAAGGAGCGGAAAGCCUUCAAGAUGAUUGAACAGCCACGAACUGAGGAGUCGCUCUUGGCACCAUCUUUCUAUCAGUCAAAGCAAAAAGUAGAGAGGCCAUCCUCUCUUCAUAUCCCAAACAUCCCAAGCAUGGGAGAACCCAGUGUUCUAGGAUGCCCAUCAUCAGUAACUAAAGAUGCAGCUCUUUUCUCUAAAGACAGUCCCUCUACUCACUUACCCCUGAAGGACCGACCUGCCACUCUGUUCUUUGAAAGACAAGGAAGCCCAUUACAGUCUGUUUCUGUCAAGGAAUUAUCCAAGAUAGAAAGAAUGGGGACCCAACAGAAUAUAGCCCAUAAACUCUCUAAAAAUCGCAUUUCAGAAAGAGAGCACUUUAGGCCAACUCAAUCUUAUUGCCACAAAUCUGAUGACUUUUCUAGAGAGGGAACUACAAGGGCCAUAUUCUUCACCCCAAAGGAUAACGCAAGUGUUCCCCAUGGAAAUCCUCAAGUCCAUAAACAAGAUGAACCAGCUUGGAAACCUAAGUCUGCAGGGCCAGGCCAACGAGAACAGGUUGCCAGACCGGCCCAUAAAAAGAAAGCUCGCAUGGCGCGGACGCGCUCCGAUUUCUUGACUAGAGGUACUUUUGCCGAUGGGGAGGGGGAUACAGAGGAAGAUGAUUACGAUGACAUUAUUGAGCCCCUUCUCUCCCUUGACCAAGAUUCUCACUCUGAGCUAGGGCCUGUAUCCAGCCUGGGUCAGGCCUCUCACAGUGACUCCGAAAUGACAUCACAGAGAUUUUCUUCAGUUGAUGGGCAAGCAAAGCUUCAUAAAGCUGUGUCUCAAGGUGAGAUUACAAAGUUGGCAGUAAGACAGAAGGACGCAGAUUCAGAUUUAAGACCUCAGAGAGCUAAGAUGAGAUUCUGGGCCAAGGGGAAACAAGGAGAGAAGACUGCAAGAGUCAAACCUGCCAUCCAGUCAGAGGCUUCCUUGGUCCUCACUGGCUCAGAUGUGAUUCCUGCUCACCAGUUUCCAGAUGAGUUAACUCAGUAUCACCCAACACCUCCUUUGAGCCCAGAACUGCCUGGUAGUUGCCGGAAGGAGUUCAAAGAAAAUAAGGAGCCUUCUCCAAAGGCAAAGCGGAAGCGAGGAGUAAAGAUCAGCAGUGUGGCCAUGGAUUCUGUGCACUGGCAAAAUGACUCUGUCCAAAUCAUAGCAAGUGCCAGUGAUUUAAAAAGCAUGGAUGAAUUUCUUCUGAAGAAGAUGAAUGACCUAGAUAACGAGGACAGCAAAAAGAUUACGCUAGUGGAUGUUGUAUUUAAAAAAGCCCUGAAAGAAUUUCGGCAGAAUAUCUUCAGCUUUUAUUCAUCUGCAUUGGCGAUGGAUGAUGGGAAAAGCAUACGUUAUAAAGACCUGUAUGCACUGUUCGAACAGAUUCUGGAAAAGACCAUGAGGCUUGAACAGCGUGACUGGAGUGAAUCUCCAGUGAGAGUCUGGGUCAACACUUUUAAGGUGUUUUUAGAUGAAUACAUGAAUGAAUUCAAAACUUUGGAUAACACUGCCACAAAGGUGCCAAAAGCAGAAAGGAAAAAAAGAAGGAAAAAAGAAACAGAUCUGGUAGAAGAACACAAUGGCCACAUCUUUAAAGCCACCCAAUAUAGCAUUCCUACAUACUGUGAAUACUGUUCUUCCUUGAUAUGGAUAAUGGACCGAGCUUCUGUUUGCAAAUUAUGUAAGUAUGCUUGCCAUAAGAAGUGCUGUUUGAAAACAACCACCAAGUGCUCUAAAAAGUGUGAUCCAGAGCUCUCAUCUCGACAAUUUGGGGUUGAAUUGUCCCGUCUGACUAGUGAAGACCGAACUGUUCCUUUAGUGGUAGAAAAGCUCAUCAACUACAUCGAGAUGCAUGGACUCUAUACAGAAGGCAUUUACCGAAAGUCUGGUUCAACUAAUAAAAUCAAGGAGCUUCGACAAGGUCUAGAUACAGAUGCUGAAAGUGUAAACCUAGAUGACUAUAACAUACACGUCAUUGCAAGUGUAUUCAAACAAUGGCUUCGUGACCUUCCCAAUCCACUCAUGACUUUUGAACUCUAUGAGGAAUUUCUUCGAGCUAUGGGCCUUCAGGAGAGGAAGGAGACAAUCCGUGGUGUGUACUCUGUAAUUGAUCAGCUCUCCCGAACUCAUCUCAAUACGCUGGAACGCCUCAUCUUUCAUCUAGUUAGGAUUGCUCUACAGGAAGACACUAAUCGAAUGUCUGCUAAUGCUUUGGCCAUUGUGUUUGCACCUUGCAUUCUUCGCUGCCCCGACACCACUGACCCACUGCAAAGUGUACAAGACAUCAGUAAGACUACUACCUGUGUAGAGCUGAUUGUUGUGGAACAGAUGAAUAAAUACAAGGCUCGCCUCAAAGACAUCAGUAGCCUGGAAUUUGCUGAAAAUAAGGCAAAGACCAGACUGUCACUGAUUCGCAGAUCAAUGAAACCUGUACUAAUUGCAGUUAGAUUUAUGAGCAUUACCCGCAAUUCAGUCUCGGGAAAGGGGCAUAUCCGCCGGAACUAUCCAAGUCCAUCCUCUCCUGUCAUAGUUCGGUUGCCUUCCAUGUCUGAUGUCCCAGAAGAGGCUUUGACUAGUGAGACGGCCAUGGAGACUGAUAUUACUGAGCAGCAGCAAGCAGCUAUGCAGCAGGAGGAAAGAGUACUGACUGAGCAGAUUGAGAACCUACAGAAAGAGAAGGAAGAGCUGACAUUUGAGAUGCUUGUAUUGGAACCCCGUGCCUCUGAUGAUGAAACCCUUGAGUCUGAGGCCUCUAUUGGGACUGCAGACAGCUCAGAAAAUUUGAAUAUGGAGUCUGAAGGUGCCAUCUCUGAGAGAUCAGAGAGAAGCUUAGCUCUCAGCUCCCUGAAGGCAGCUGGAAAGUCUGAACCUUCAAGCAAGUUGCAAAAACACCUAAGAAAGCAGCAAGAUUCUCUGGACUCAGCUGACUCGUCAGCCUCUUCAUGUUUAUCAUCUCAUGGCACCAGAAAACGAUUUCAGAUUUAUUCCAAAUCUCCAUUCUACCGAGCUGCCUCAGCUGGUGAGGCCCUAGGAAUGGAAGGACCAUCAGGUCAAACCAGAUACCUAGAAGACAGGCCUCAGUUCAUCAGCAGAGGAACCUUCAACCCUGAAAAGGGCAAACAAAAACUAAAGAAUGUGAAAAACUCACCUCAGAAAACCAAAGAGACCACAGAGGGGAUAGUCACGUCUAACCGUAAGAAAACUGUGGACCCAGACAGCAGCUCAACCCAACAGCUAGCACUCUUUGGAAAUAAUGAGUUUAUGGUCUGAAGCGACAAGUGUGUGUCCCUUCAUGGCUAGAAUUGUGAACACAUCUCAUCUUUGGGGCUCUCCUGGUCACCUUGUCCACAACAGUCAAUCUUAAUUGUGGUACUGCCUCUUGUGUCAGCAUAUGAUGAUGUGUGCUGGGUUCUUGGGCCUCCUCCAGAAGUGGCCUCUUGAAGCCUGCUGAGGAUGGUGCCAGCUGUGCCUUGGCUGCUGUGUUUGAAUUGAUGGUUCACUAAACUAAGCCACCUAUAACCUGGGGGUUUCAGUCAGCAGUUGCCUGUCCUCUGCUCUCCUUCCUUCCCCUUCCCAGAGACAGAUGUUAACUAGGGGGAAUAUUGUGGUCCUGAGGGACCCUCUGAUACUAGCAUUUGAAGAAAACAUAGAAACCUUUAUUAACCAUGAAAGCAAAAGCCUUUGGGAUUUAUUUUGGGAUAGUUAGGAGCUAGGGUAGAAUAUAAUUUUUUCCAAGGAUUUAUAAGCAAAACCCUAAGCCCUCUAUUUUAAAAUUAAAUUUUUUGAAAAACACUCCAUGCUAUAUUCUUGGGAAUGUGAAAAAACUAUUGUCUCCAUUAAGCCAUCAGAGCAUGUCUCAGAUACUUGUUUAUACAACAAAGAGCACAUGCUUUGUUUUUGAUAAUGUUGAAGUCAUAAUUAUUAGUGCUGGCUUAACUCCCAAUUAGUUCUUGCCAAAUGUAUUGCAUGGGCUGAAGUUUCAGUAGCCAUACUGUUCUGAAAGUCCCUGAUCCUAGGAUCCAACUUUGCUGGUAUUUUGUUUUUUACUGUCACAGGGACACUGAGCUUUCAUCCUAAUGGGUCUUGGUGUUUCACUUUGUAUAGAUGAAAUGCAAGACCACAUAUGAGCCUAUUUAUCUGUUGGUGGGAUCCCACCACAAACUCAAAUAAUGAUUAUUUAAUCACUCCUCCCAAAACAUUCACAUACAACAUUGCAUGAGUAAGUGUUACAGAAAGCUGCCAAAAAUAAAGUUUUAAUAUGACCUAUUUAACUUUUAUCUUUUCCUGAGACCAUCAGUAUUAAAUAGAUUUUAAAAAUCAAGGACUACUUGAAGCUAUUUUUGUUAAUAUACUGGUUACUGAAGUUUACUGUAAAUAUAUAUGUAUAGUAUGCCUAGUUCUUUUAAACCUUGUGCUUCCCUUCUUCCCAUGGAGUCUCUUCCGCAUUAGGGCCCACUGGACAGGGCUGAGAGCCUCUGGGUUAGGAGAAAAGCAAGACCAUACUUUUCAUCACUGGUGGUCUGCAUACAACUAAGUUAUAACAUUUGAAGUGUUACAGAAAUUGAGGGAUUAGAAACCUGUUUUUGCUAUUUAUAAUGUCUGUAAAAUGAAAAAUAAUGGCCUUUCUUAAGUAUGUGAAAAUGUUUAUUUUUAAAGUUACUAAAUACAUCUUGUCUAACUACCACAUGCACUGUUCUAAAAAAGAGCCUUUACCACCUCAACCUGAAUUUGGUUAUUCUUCCCUUUCUUCUUUGAAGUUAUGGAAAUAUGAAGUCCUUUGUUAAGGCAGUCCUGUUACACAGCACUGAACCUCAUGCCACAGCCUCAGUGGUCAUUGGCCAGCCCUAGAGACGGGCUUGUAGCAUCCCUCCACAGAGCAGCUAAGAGUAGCGGGAGGCUUCCCACUGCCUGGCCUGAGUGCAGAAUUGAGACAAGUGAAGGAGUCUGACAAACUCCAGAAGGAUGUCGGCCAGUGAGGAAAUGUUGAGUUUCAUAUUCCACAAGCACCUGCCACCUUGCUCACAAUGUCAUGAGGAGCCGUUAAAGAUAAGGGUGUCAGGAAGUCUCCUUAGGAAACCCUCAGCAUGGCUGUGUCCAGGUGGGGUGCUGCUUCCUCAACCCAUACUAGUUGCACAGUUGCUGUUUUAUCCUGUUGCCCCAGAAUGUUAGUAAAUACCAUGUCAACAAUAGAGUAUUACUCUGUUGAGUAAUUUCCUUUGUUUCAGAAGAAUUGCCUAGGGAACACAUCUUGGCACAUGUACUUCCCACCUCAAUCUUUUUAAAUUUCUUCUUCUGUAAGAUAAGUUUUGGUCUGGUUAAAAAAUAUAUAGACAUAGGUCACUUUGUAGGAAGCAGGUAAUGGAUGCUAAAAGACUAUAAUUUUUCUCAGGGACCUAAAACGUGAAUUUGGAAAAGUUAAAUAAAAAAAAUAGCUUUUCAGUUGCUAGAUUUGUGGAUUUCUAAUCAUUUAACAAGCUGCCAAGACAGAGUGUGGGGAGAGCCAUACAGUGUAGGAAUAUCUCAGCACAUGUAAGCCCCGCUUUGAUUUAGAGGGAGAGAGAGAGAGCGAGUGAGCGAGCUGUUCUCACUGGAUAAUGGGCACUGUCAGCCUGCGAAAGACGUGAAGCCAUAACUCUUCUACUGUCAGAACUGCAUGCUCCAUCUACUUCCGUCUGCCGCCAGGUCCUCCUGUGGCCCAGGUGGCCACCACAGUGCUGUUCUGCCACCAUUGCUCAUGGAUGCAGUGUGUCAGGGGUGUAGCUUUCUGUUGCUUCUCCUGUCGUUUUCUUUGACCUCAAGUGCAUCCAAGAAACCCUGCCUGGCAACAGUGAGUGCGCAUGCACCAAAGCACAGAGCUUUCUAGUUACACCAUGCACUUCUAGUCCCAACAGAACCCAGCUUGUUCUCCACUGCCCGUGAAGGUGGAUAUGGCACUGUGAUUGUGUGGGGACAUGGAAAUGUAACAGAAGCAAAGAAGGGGCAUUUCAUUCUGCAUCACAGGUUGAGGCAAACUAGAGCAAGUUCAGGCAGGGUUCAGGGAGGUAACAUGCUUUCUGUGCAUGUACUUUAUACUUCCUGCCAUUUAGGUUAUUUGGCCCCUCUGGGCUUCUGAAAACACAAAGGGAGAUACAACCCUUAUGGAAUGAGCCUGGCAGGGAAAGACAGAAGGAUCCAAGUUCUGGACGUGGGAUACUUGAGCCCCCUAACCUGUCGUUUGGGAUCCUGUUGUAGCUCUGACCCUGCUGAGAGGUGGUGAAGACAGUUCUGUGUUGCAUGGCAGUCGGACUUCCAAGGCCAAAGACAGGAGGAUCACGGGUGUGUGCUGAUGCGGUGGUCCAACAGGGUUCUGUAGGCAACCUUGGUGUCUGUGGGUUACGUGUCUAACUAGCUAAUGAAUGUGCACCUUUCACAAGCACUUUGCUGAGUAGAGAGAAGAAAGGAUUAUUGGGAAAGUGUUCAAAGACUAAGAAAACUGUAAAAGAACUUCCAGAUGGCUUUCUCAGCCACUUUUUUUUUUCCCCUUGGUGGGGAACUGGGUGUGGGGCCUGCAUCUUUGUGGUAGCACCCCAUCAUUGUUCCCCAAACACCAUGCUGGCCUUGGUACUAAAAUUCUUAGGGAUUUGUAGGAGCCCUGUCUCUUAUUCCCCCAAAGUACUUGUGACCGCUUUUCUCUGGAACUGUGCCCCUACUUAAUUAGAUGUUAAAUCCAUAAAUGAUGGUUGUGCAGGUGGAUCUGUUGGAUGUUAUGGAUCACUUGCUUACAACUUUGCAAAAAAAAAACCAAAAAACAGCCCUCCUGGGUUAUAUAAAAGUUGCACCUCUUAAACCAAGUUAUCUGUAUUUACUAUGGAAAAGGUGUGGACUACAGAUUAGUGUUAUAUUAUUUUAAUGGACUUAAAGUAAUUUAUAAGUAUGCUGAGUGUAAAUUUUUAAAAUACUAUGUAUAAUAAAAGGACAUAUCCUGUGAAAUAUAAUAACAUUUUGCUGUUUAAUAGAAUAAUUCUAUAAGAAGAACGACUUAUCUCGUCCACGGAACCGAUUACAUUCCUGAUGCAGUCAACAGGCACUUUGUAAUUCCCUGUUUUUGGAUGUGGGGGCAAGACAUCUGUAUGAAGUGCGGGUUUGUGUCGCUCGGAAUACACACUGUGCGGCUACACACAGCAGCUCGAUGAACAAAUCCCCUUGGCUCAUUAAAGAACAAAGCUUCCCGAA